AAUCUGAUCAGUUGUAAUACAAUAUUUCAAACAUGGCUGCCGUACAUAGAGAGGCUAUCCAAAAACAAAUUCAACAAGAUUGGGCAAAUCGAGAAUAUAUUGAAGUUAUAACUGGUAGCAUCAAAAAAAUAACUGAUUUCCUUAAUUCUUUUGAUAUGUCUUGCCGAUCAAGAAUAGCUGUUCUUAAUGAAAAGCUUACAACAUUAGAAAGAAGAAUUGAGUAUCUAGAAGCAUGUGUUACAAAAGGAGAAACAUUAACCUAAAUAAAUCAUUAAUAAAAUUUGUAAUAUUUUAUGAUUUUUAUAUUUAUUGAAAUUAUAUAUGAAUAAAUGUAGAAUAAUGAUAACAAUAUAUAUUACAUUCUAAUUAUAAAGUCUAUUAUAUGUAUUAUAUGUAUUGGUGAUUAAAUAGAAGGAAC